AUGUCUCCAUUGGAUUCCCAUCUCCAGUACGCACUGGUUCAUGACCCGGCGUUUCGCUUCUCUGCCAGAGGAGGGACCCAUCCCCCUCCUUGCACCCAGACGGGGCCGGUGGCUGAGCUGAGAACCCAGCUCCGAGCCCAGAACGACCAGCUCAGCAUGGCGCUAACUCUCCUUCUGCCUCUGCUGGUCCAUCUCCAGAUUCUCCCCAGGCCAGUGACCCCUGCAGACACCCCGGCGGCCCCCACCCUCUCCCUGAGCCCCCCGCACCAGCUGUACCUCACCGGGGAGUCUGUUUGGCUCACGUGUUCGCCUCCCCGUGGAGAUGAGGCAGUUACAAGAUUUCAGUUCUACAAGUACAGGGGAAGCAACAUCUCACCUGAUGUCUUAUCCAACUCCUGGGCCCCAAACUUUAAAUUGAAGCCAGAGGACUCCGGGUCGUACACUUGCCUGUACUGGAUACGCGUAUCCGGAAGGGAGAUCCAAUCUGUGCAGAGUGCCCCGGUCUCCAUCUCUGUGACAGAUCCCCCGCCAGCCCCCACGCUCUCUCGGGACCCCGCGUACACAGUGUAUCUCCCAGGGGAGCGGGUUACCCUCACGUGCUCGGCUCCUGAGACUGAGCAGGUUUCGGGAUACAGAUUCUUCUCUCAAGAAGGGCAGCAGGAGCCCAGCGUAGUCCAACACCCGAAUGAAGGUGCCCAACUGGAGCUCACAGCUGAGAAGGGAAAUGCUGGGACAUACACCUGUGCGUACUGGAGAUGGGAAUCCAAUCGAGAGAUCUCAUCUGGGAACAGCAACUCCGUCUCCAUCACAGUGACAGACACCCCGGCAGCCCCCACCCUCUCCCUGAGCCCCCCGCACCAACUGUACCUCACCGGGGAGUCUGUUCGGCUCACGUGUUCGCCUCCCCGUGGAGAUGAGGCAGUUACAAGAUUUCAGUUCUACAAGUACAGGGGAAGCAUCAUCUCACCUGAUGUCUUAUCCAACUCCGGGGCCACAAACUUUAAAUUGAAGCCAGAGGACUCCGGGUCAUACACCUGCCUGUACUGGAUACGCGUAUCCGGAAGGGAGAUCCCAUCUGUGCAGAGUGCCCUGGUCUCCAUCUCUGUGAGAGAUCCCCUGCCGGCCCCCACACUCUCUCUGGACACCAGGUACACAGUGUAUCUCCCAGGGGAGCGGGUUACCCUCACGUGCUCGGCUCCUGGACAUGAGCUGGCUUCGGGAUACAGAUUCUUCUAUCAAAAAAGUCUGUGGGGCUCCGACAUAGUCCAACAAUCAAAUACAAGAAACUGGCUGGAGCUCACAGCUGAGAAGGGAAAUGCUGGGACAUACACCUGUGCGUACUGGAGACAGGAAUCCAAUCGAGAGAUCUCAUCUAGGAACAGCAACUCCGUCUCCAUCACAGUGACAGACCGCGACCCGGCUCCCCAGCUCACCGUGUCCCCGCAGCAGCCUGUCUACAUAACUGGAGAAGCUGUGACCCUGACGUGCUCAGCUACCNACCCUGACCCGGCUCCCCAGCUCACCGUGUCCCCGCAGCAGCCUGUCUACGUAACUGGAGAAGCUGUGACCCUGACGUGCUCAGCUGGGGUGUCCACCGUGUCCGGGGUCCGGUUCUUCAGGAACGGCCAAAAAAUCCACUCCAAGGAAUUCCGCUCACCCCGGUACAGUUACUCUGAGUUGAUUCGACUGUCGGGGGUGUCUGGAUUGCGAGCUGGAGAGUACAGCUGUAAAUCCUGGAAGACAGUGUCUGGGCGAGAAAUUGCAUCGAAGACGAGCCAACCCAUCUCCAUAGCACUGAGAGACCCUGACCCGGCUCCCCAGCUCACCGUGUCCCCGCAGCAGCCUGUCUACGUAACUGGAGAAGCUGUGACCCUGACGUGCUCAGCUGGGGUGUCCACCGUGUCCGGGGUCCGGUUCUUCAGGAACGGCCAAAAAAUCCACUCCAAGGAAUUCCGCUCACCCCGGUACAGUUACUCUGAGUUGAUUCGACUGUCGGGGGUGUCUGGAUUGCGAGCUGGAGAGUACAGCUGUAAAUCCUGGAAGACAGUGUCUGGGCGAGAAAUUGCAUCGAAGACGAGCCAACCCAUCUCCAUAGCACUGAGAGAUCCCCCUCCCCAGCCUUCGCUGAGCAUGGAUCCCCCAUCCGGAGUGGUGAGCGAAGGGCUCCCCCUGCUCAUCACCUGCACGGGCCCCAGGGAUGCUGGUCAGCGGAGGUUUCACUUCUACAAGGACAGUGUCAAGCUCAUUCCUGGGAAUGUGGAGUCUGAGAUCAGCACCACAGAGCCCAGCACCAGGUCUAUGAACAUCUCUCUGCUCAGCAUCCCGCAGGCUGGUCCUAACAACACCGGGGAAUUCACCUGCGGGUACGAGGAGAACGUGGGUGGAAGGUGGAUCCCGUCCCCCAGGAGCCGGGCUGUGACUGUCACUGUGACAGCCUCACACUACACCCGUGAUAUUCUGUUGGGAACUGGUGGCAUCUUACUUCUGGGUGGAGUCCUGGCUGCUCUCAUCUGCUACUGCCAUAGGAGGAAAAGAGUUCCAAAGCCUCUGAAAAGCACCAAGGGAUCUGAGCCCGGAGAACACACCAGGAACCUGGAUCCUGGUCAUGAUAAUAAGGGAUCAAAAGCCACGGGUGCCGGAGCAGAGCGGAUGGAACAGGGCUCAGAAGUCACCUACGCACUCAUAGCAUUCCCGGCCUCACAGGCCCACACGUCCCAGAUGACAAAAAAACCAAAACCUGUUGAAGAUGAGCAUGUGCUGUAUAGCGAGGUGGUGACAACGCACACCUGGAAGGCAACUAAAUAAGGAGGAGACACUCUGUCUAUGUCUCUCUGCAUGUUCUCCCCCUCCUCCAGACAUCCAUAUCCUUAACCCUUUAUACCCCAAGAGGCCUUUUAUGCCUCAUGGCGAGGGGCACACCCAAAACACCAUUGCUAGAAUAUUUAGCCAACCAGCAUCUUGUCAGGGAUCAUAUAAAAACUCGUAACCCGUUGGUCAUGAACACCACUGCGUGAUGUAUGCACGGAUUGUGUAGCAAGUGUUACGUAUGUAUGCUGGAAAUAUGCUAUGAAUGUAGUUGAUAAAGAAGCCGACCCUAGACAAAGGAAUGUGGAUUCAUGUGUCUGCAUGAAUCAGGCUAACUGGCAGAUAAGCAAAACAGCCUGGCUUGUGUGCUCCUGGCUGGUUUGAUGCCCACUCUUACCCAGGCAGCCGGCAUUAUCUGAGAACUUACAACCUCACAGCCGGAGACUGGACCAGGUCACCUGUGUGUUAGAUUUCCUCUAAAUAGGUAUUAGUCUUAUAAGAAUGUCUUUAGUGUUUAGAUGCUAUGAAAUGCUUGUAUGUUGCUGCCUGCAUUAAUCUCACU